AUGUAUAAAAGAUGGUUUGAGGGCCGUUUAGGCAUCAGUCUCUCACAAGAAACCGAACAAACCCUAAUCAACAUGAAAUUCAUCAUCCUUGUUGCCCUCGCCCUCGUGGCCGUCGCCGCUGCCAGCCCCGUUGAUAACCCAGCCGCAGCCAUCAUCCGGUCUGAAUUCAACUGGAACCCUGACGGCACCUUCAACUACGAUUUCGAGACGUCCGAUGGAACAAAUCGCGAGGAGACUGGCGUUGUGAAGGAAGUCUUUGACGAGGACAACAAGCCCCACAGCGUUGUCGUAGUUCGUGGCUCUUACAGGUACAUCAACCCUGAGGGCCAAGAGGAAGUUAUCACGUACAUCGCUGACGAGAAAGGCUUCCACCCUGAGGGACCUUCCAUCCCCGUUGCCCCCGUCACCAGGAGAUAAGCACUCAGUCGCCUCUCAUCAAAAGCAGAUCGUUAAUUAAAUUCGUCGUACUUCUUGAAUUGUGACUCUGAUAAUGUUUAAGAUAUAACGGUUACUAGGACUUAAGAGCUUGUGACAAAACAUAAUUUUGUUCUGUUUUCCGAAUUAAGUUUUAGCAAUGUGAUUUAAUGUAAAUAAAGGAAAAUUUAUUACACAAA